CGGGAGGUGCUUCCGGCCAUCCCGCUCAUCCCGCUCCGCCGGCGGCUCCCGGGAAUCCCGGGAAUCUCGGGGGGCCCGCGGCUCCCUGACCCUCCCCGAGCAGCACCGAGCCUCUGCCCGCGUCCUCCCCUCCGUACCGCCCACUCCACAGCCCCGGUCCGGCCCUGCGGGAGAACGGCGGGCCCGGUGCGGGAGAACGGCGGGCCCGGUGCGGUUCCCUCCCGGUGCCCGCGGAGCCGCCGCCGCCACCGCGGGUGAUGCCCCCACCUGCCCGGGUGGCCCCGCGCACGCCCUCCGCGGCUUUCCCGGCCUCCCGCCGGUGUUGCCGAAGCUCCCCCCGUUUCCCCGGUGAAUUUUCCCAGUGAGUUGAGCUUCCCCCGCCGUCCCCGCCCGGGAUGGAGUUCGCCGAGCUGAUCAAGACGCCCCGGGCGGAUAACGUGGUGCUGCACCGCCCGUUCCACCCGGCCGUGGAGGGCACGCUGUGCCUGACCGGGCACCACCUCAUCUUCUCGUCACGGCGGCGCGACAACGCCGAGGAGCUGUGGCUGCUGCACUCCAACAUCGACUCCAUCGAGAAAAGGUUCGUGGGCUCCUUGGGCACCAUUGUGAUAAAAUGCAAAGACCUGAGGAUUAUCCAGCUGGACAUCCCAGGGAUGGAGGAGUGUCUGAACAUUGCCAGCUCCAUUGAGGCACUUUCCACACUGGAUUCAGUCACCCUCAUGUAUCCCUUCUUCUACCGGCCCAUGUUCGAGGUCCUGGAGGAUGGAUGGUCCUCCUUUCUGCUGGAACAGGAGUUUGAGCACCUCAGCUCAGUGACCAAUGAAUGGCGUCUGAGCUGUGUGAACAAGGACUUCUCUGUGUGUCCCUCCUACCCUCCAGUUGUCAUUGUCCCCAAAUCCAUCGAUGACGAAGCGCUCCGCAAAGUCGCCCUGUUCCGCUACGGCGGCCGCUUCCCGGUGCUGAGCUACUACCACAAGAAAAAUGGGAUGGCGAUGCUGAGGAGCAGCCAGCCCCUGACGGGCACCAACGGGCGGCGCUGCAAGGAGGACGAGAAGCUGAUCAACGCCACGCUGCGCUCCGGCCGCCGCGGCUUCGUCAUCGACACGCGGCCCCUGAACGUGGCCCAGCAGGCCCGGGCCAAGGGAGGCGGCUUUGAGCAGGAGGUGCACUACCCCCAGUGGAGGAGGAUCCACAAGUACAUCGAGAGGUUUCAUAUCCUGCAGGAGAGCUUCAUCAAGCUGGUGGAGGCUUGCAAUGACCAGUCACACAACAUGGACCGCUGGCUCAGUAAACUGGAAGCUUCCAACUGGCUCACUCACAUCAAGGAGCUGCUGACUGCAGCCUGUCUGGCUGCUCAGUGCAUUGACAGGGAAGGUGCUUCAGUGUUAGUGCAUGGCAGUGAAGGAACUGAUUCCACACUCCAGGUCACUUCCCUGGCACAGAUCAUCCUGGACCCAAGGUGCAGGACCAUCCGUGGCUUCGAGGCUCUUGUAGUGAGGGAGUGGCUGCAGGCUGGCCACCCUUUCCAGCAGCGCUGUGCCCAGUCAGCCUAUUCCAACAGCAAGCAGAAGUGGGAGGCCCCAGUGUUCCUGCUCUUUCUGGAAUGUGUGUGGCAAAUCCACCGGCAGUUCCCCUGCUCCUUCGAGUUCAACGAGCACUUCCUCAUCCUGCUCUUUGAGCACGCCUACGCCUCUCAGUUUGGGACCUUCCUGGGGAACAAUGAAAGUGAAAGGGCUAAACUGAAGCUGCCUCAGAAGACCAUGUCCCUCUGGUCCUGGGUGAACAGGCCUGAAGAGCUGAGCAGGUUCCAGAACCCUAUUUAUGAGGCCAACAGCCUUGUCAUCUGGCCCUCUGUGGCCCCACAGAGCCUGCAGCUCUGGGAAGGUAUCUUCCUACGCUGGAACAGACCUUCCAGAUUCCUGGAGGAGGCUGAGGAAGAAAGGAUCAACAUCAUCAAGUACAACAAGGAGCUGCAGGCCAAGGUGAACGUGCUGAGGCGGCAGCUGGCGGAGAUGGAGGCGGAUGGGGAGGUGCAGGAGGGGGAGGAGCCCUGAGCUGGGCUUUGUCUCUCAGACCUUUUCUUUCAGGAACCAUGGAAAGUGCAUGUUCUGCUGAGCCCUUGGGUACAGCUGACCCUCCCACUGCUGAACCCCUCACUCCAUGAACCUCCCUGCUUUUUGGGGAGGGGUUUUUGUUUUGUUUACAGAAGACACAGCUGGGCACAAUGUCCCCUCUUGGCAGCUGUUCUGUCUCAGAAUUGGGUACAGUGUCAGCAGAAGCUGGAACUCUUUACCUCCAACUGUGUGGAUGACCAGGAUGGGCCAAGAGACAGGAUGUCUCCACUUUAUUUUAGACUUUUUCUGGUUUUGUUGAACACUCACAGGAUUGAAAUACAGAGUUCUAUAGAGAUAGGUAAAGGCAUUUUGUCUGGAAGCACCUUUUCUCUCAAAGAGUAAGUAAGGCAGCUUAGUUCUUUUAAUUUCCUAGGAAAUCUAGAAAUGGUUCAAAUCAAAUUACAGGUUCUGCCAGUCUACACAAUACUCUCAGUAGCCUUCACAUCUCACACCUGGGUUUUUGUGUUCAGCAUUGGCUCGGGAGCAGGAAGUUGAAUACCAAACCAGAGCAAGACAUUUCAGUGCAAUACAGAAUUGGAGGGAUUCUGCUGCUAAUGUUUAAGCCAUGACCUUCAGGUGGGAUUGUCCUUCGUGGACAAUGAUCUCCUAAGGAGGAACAAACUUUUUUUUUAUUCUACCUGGAGAACAAAAAGGUUUAGUAGUUGGUGGGGGUGUCCACUUGCAGAACAGGGAUCAGAGCUGUCCUUUAAACCAGAGCCAAGCUGCCUUCUUGGAAAUUCCAACCCCCCUGGCUGGGUUUGGACACCUGGCCAGGUUCACAGCAUUGCCAGGGUGCAAGAGCAACACUUUAUUUACAGUUCAACAAAACACUUCUGUUGCACCUGAUGUGCUUUUCCUUCUUGUGCUCUUAUGCCCAUCUCGUGAAACCUCAAAAGCAGAAGCUGGAUGUUCAGGUGACCUCACAGAUCUGCUGCAGAUGAAGGGGCCAUCACACUACAAAAAAAAAAUACUAAGAGUUUAGAUGAUUUGUAGCUGCUAAAACUGCUUAAAGACUUUAGGGAUAAGCUCUUUCUCAUUUAACUUUGUAAUUUGUAGCUGCUCUUUCCAUUUCUGUGGCUUCAAUCUGCUUUUUAUAAAAUCAGAGUUCUCUUUUGUGAUUUUUUUUCCCUCCUUUAAAAAGACAGGUAGGGGUAGGUCUGAAAUACUCCCUGAGGCAUUUUUUCAGCUUGAUUCCCUGGGUAGCUCCACAGGACUGGGAAAAGUUGAAUUAACAGCAGCACAUGUGGCUGGGAUUAUCCAGAAAAGAGCUUCGUGUUAGCCUGGUUCUGCUGGAGUGAACAGAGCUGCAGUAGGUCAGUGGUGGGAUGCCUCUGGAAACUGCUGAGCUUCCAAGUUUAUGGAAUGAAGCUGCCUUUAUUUAAAAGCCACUUCACAUAGAUAGGUGUGAAAAUGCAGGAUCUGUACUUGUAGAAGUAGCUGGGCAGGAACCUGCAAAAAUCAUGUAGCCACUAAAUGCAGUCUAAGAAAAUUCUAUAACCAAGGAAAUGAUAUAAAAUUAUGUGAUAAUGGUCAAGUGCUACCUUAAUGCCUUUUGUUCAGUCUUUAUUUCCUUAAUGAUUUCCUUCUUGCCUAAGCUCAACUUAUCCCUGAAGUCCUCUGGCUUAAAAAAUAAGAUCCCUUUUAAAACACUCCCCACUUAAGGCAGAAGAGUGAUUUCCCCUGCUUGCAAUGCCAAUUUCUUUUUAGGUUUGGAGCUUUGUUCCCUGGAUCCAGUCUGACACAGGGAAUGCUGCUCAGGGUGGCUGGGGAUCUGUUCUGCAGCACAGGGGAGGCAGAACUGGGCUGUUCCCUCCUCCAAACCUGGUGAUUCCUCUGGGUAUGUUGCUCAGAUAAUCCCUUAAAAUGAUUGUACACCCCCUGAAAUGAUGUCUUUGGGAUCUGCACCUGCCUGGGUGGUGUUUCCCAACCCCGUUCAGAAUUUCUCCGUCUGAAAUCCAUUAUCCCCAGCCAGAUGGGAAGGAUUCAGAAGGCACUAUUUUCCCUGUAAUAGACUAUACAUAAAACACUCCUAAAGGUUAUGCAAUUCCCUAACACAGUAAUUAUAGAUUGAGCUAAAUAAUAGAGAAGCAGAGAGGGUUUUUUUUUUUUGGAUCUAAUUGCCUGGCUGCUCCAGCCUCUCCUGCAAACUGCAGGCUUCUGAGGAAAUUGGGAAACCAGCUGUGACAGCCAACAAAAGGCAGCACAUUCCCUCUGAGCUGGCAUCAAUUUCAGCCUCCACUUGUGUUGAAUGCACACCCAAGCAUUCUGUGUGUGUGCCUUGGGAACGUGGAUCCUGGGAAUGAAUCCUUGGGGCAGUGCUGGUGUCCUUCUGAGCAGCCCCUGCAGGUUAUUUAUUCCACAUUUCCUGGGCCCUGCAGGUUAUUCCACAUUUCCUGGGCCCUGCAGGUUAUUUAUUCCACAUUUCCUGGGCCCUGCAGCACCUUGUCCCUGCACAGGCUCUGUGUCACAGGCCUGGGAGGGCUGGCAGGAGAUGCAGUGGGGCCAGAAUGUGAGGUGGUGCAGGUUCUCCAGGGACAGGACAAUCCCAGAGCUGUCCUGCCACGCUGCUGCCACAUUCCCUUGGAGCUUUUCCACUCCGGUGCCUGCCAGCCUCCAGAUUCACAGCAGCUCUCUCCCGUUCUCUGCUUUGCUGCUUGCCUCCCUUGUUAAAUCACAUAUUUAAUGCCAGGGAUGGGUUUGCUCCCUCAGAGGGGGAUUCCUGCCCCAGUUUGCAGAUUCCCUGUGAAUUCCUGAGCUGGGACAGUGCCCAGCUCUGGCUCCUCCCUGUGCCACUGCCUUACGCCCUCGCUGCCACCACGCUCCUGCUCUUUUGCACACACCCUUUGUGGAACAAGCUGGACACAGAGAGAAAGCCCCAUCUCCAAAUUUUAGGGGUCAAUCCACAAAAUUUGGGGAGGACACUCUGCCAUUCACCAAAAAAAAAAAAGAAGGGAAAAGGAACUAACUUGCACAGUUUUCAUAAGGGAAAUAUGUACCUUCAAUAUUUUGAUUGUAUCGAUUAAGUCUUGAAUGUGGCGCUGGUUUUGACGUGCACUAUUGUCCCUGUUGCAUAGGAUCUCAUUUAAAAUUGCACUGUACAGCAUUUUUGGUGUCUCAUUGUGCUUUGCUAAAGCCUUGGGCAGUGCUGUGCUUGUGUGAGGGGUGAGGUUUGUGCCAGCACUGCCUGUGUUUUGUCACAGCUGCACUGUGUGAGCUGUGUCUGUUCACUACUGCCUGUUCAAGUGAUGAGUGCACUGCUGGCCCAGCAUCUGGAACUGCUAUUUGGACUUGGCUGCUGCAUCAGUCUUGGUUUUUUUGGUUUUUUUUUUUAUUUUAUUUUUCCUGUACAAUUUGAAAUGCCAGGGCUGGGAGUAGUGUGCUGGUGUUAGGUAUUUGCUGUCUGUGUACAGAAUCCCAGCUGCUGCAGCGUGGAAUUUACUGCAACAACGACAAAGUAACAAAUCUGAGGAAAAAAGAAGAUGAUGGCUCGAGGUUCAGCCAUUUGGGGAGAACAAAACAGAUACAAAGUGGCUGUAAACUUUGCUGUAGAUAUGUUGAGAGCUUAGUAGAUGUGUCUGUUUAAAUUAAAACCGUGAAGACUAAAAAAGUUCUUUAAUUACA